AUGGGCAUCAACGAGUGGAUGUCUGAGGUCCAGGCCGCAAGACCGGUGGCCUACCUCAUUGACCUCUGGCAUCUUUACCGGACGCCGACCCUGCUGGUGACCCUUGGUGUCUUGGUCUCGGUCUACAUCUAUCUGCUCCUGACCCAGGAUCGGGAAUACUCUGUUGCUCUGCGAAAGAUAUAUGAUGAGCCGGCCAAGAGCGAACCCGCUCCUGCACCUGUGGUGAUUAGUGAAAAGUCGACUGUGCCAGUCAUCAAGAACCCUGCUACGAAUGGACCCAAGCGCAUCAAGGGCGAGCUUCGCAAAGCCGAACCGAAGCCAGCUGAGCCGCAGUCUGAUGAGCCAUGGCAGGUUCAGCCUCUGAUUUUCUUCUCUUCCUUGACUGGCAAUACCGAGAGGACUGUCAAGGGCCUGUCCGAGUCGCUGGCCGAUGCCCUCAAGCAGGACUCGACCGCAGCCGAGAAAGUUCUUGCGCCCAAGGUCUUGGACCUCACCGAGGUGGACUAUGACGAGUACUUCAUUACUGCGCCCAAGGCAACGGAAACGAGCGGGGCUGUGAAAUAUGUGUACUUGUUGCUCAUCCCCAGCUACAACAUUGAUACCAUCAACGACAACUUCUUGGAGCAUUUGCAGGAAACCCACAAUGACUUCAGAAUCGAUACUGCGCCCCUUUCAGAUCUCCUGGGAUACUCGGUAUUUGGCCUGGGUGAUCGCGAAGGAUGGCCCAGCGAGGAAGAUGGGUUCUGUUUCCAGGCCAAGGAUGUUGACAAGUGGAUGGCCAAGCUGACAGGUCGGAAGAGGGCCUAUCCUCUAGGCAUGGCAGACACGAAACAUGAUCUCAAGGAAAGGCUGGACGAAUGGUCUCGAGGUGUCGCCGACGUUAUUAGUCUCAUUGGCAGCACUGGCAGCUUGGGCGAAGGCGUUCCCGGAAGCGGUGACGCCGUCGAGAGCGGCGACGAAUCCGUCUCUGGAGAUGACGACGGCGAAGUCCUUUUCGAGGAUCAAACGGUCGAGAUCAAGCGCCCCAAGAAGAAGCAGACUGGUAAUUUGGAGGAUCUUGAGGACUUGGGAAAGAUCAUGAAGUCUUCAGGAGGUGGUCAAAAUGGAUCUGCGCCGAUUGCUGUCGACUUUACCACUUACAGCAAACCGGCCAAGAAGACUGCAACACAAACCGUAAAGGAAAUGGUACCGAAAAGCUCGCCUACUUACAACUCUCUCACGAAACAGGGCUACACUAUCGUCGGCUCACACUCUGGUGUCAAGAUCUGCCGCUGGACAAAAUCUGCCCUGCGUGGUCGCGGUUCGUGCUACAAGUAUUCAUUCUACGGCAUUGCGUCCCACCAGUGCAUGGAGACCACACCAUCUCUUUCUUGCAGCAACAAGUGUGUCUUUUGCUGGCGACACGGCACCAACCCCGUCGGCACAACGUGGCGCUGGGUUGUAGACCCGCCAGAGAUGAUCUUCAACGGCGUCAAGGAGGGACAUUACAAGAAGAUCAAGAUGAUGCGCGGCGUGCCCGGUGUGAGAGCAGAGCGAUUCGAGGAGGCCAUGCGCAUCCGUCACUGUGCCCUCAGUCUCGUCGGCGAACCCAUCUUUUACCCUUACAUCAACGAAUUCCUCGCCAUGCUCCACGCCGAGCGCAUCUCGUCUUUCCUGGUUUGUAAUGCACAACAUCCGGACCAGCUUGAGGCCCUUAAGGCGGUGACCCAGCUCUACGUCUCCAUUGAUGCAAGCAACAAGGAGUCGCUGCGCAAGAUUGACCGUCCGCUCCACCGUGACUUUUGGGAGCGCUUCCAGCGAUGUCUAGAUAUCCUGCGCGAAAAGCGCUUCAAGCAGCGUACCGUUUUCCGUCUCACUCUAGUCAAGGGCUUCAACGUCGACGACGAGGUGGAAGGCUAUGCCGAUCUCGUCGAGCGUGGUCUGCCUUGCUUUGUCGAGAUCAAGGGCGUGACAUACUGUGGCACCAGCAGCUCGGCGGGCGCCGGGCUCAGCAUGGCCAACGUACCCUUCUACGCCGAGGUCCAAGAAUUUGUCGAGGCGUUGAACAAGAAGCUCAACGACCGAGGCCUGAAGUACGGGUUGGCUGCUGAACACGCACACAGCUGCUGUGUUCUGAUCGCCAGCGAGCGAUUCAAGAAGGAUGGUAAAUGGCACACACGUAUCGACUACCAGCGGUUCUUUGAGCUGCUCGAGGAGAGAGGUGCAGACGGAGACUGGAGGCCAGAGGAUUACAUGGGACUGCCUACGCCCGAAUGGGCCACCUGGGGCAAUGGUGGAUUUGACCCUAGAGAUCAGAGAGUCGACAGAAAAGGCAGACCAAUUGAGGCCUAA